AUGGAUGGAGGCAAUCAGUCUGUAGUGUCAGAAUUUAUACUCUGGGGACUUGCCCACUCACAGAAUAUUGAGACCUUACUCUUUGUGAUAUUUUUAAUGCUUUAUGUCUUCAUUGUUUCUGGAAAUAUAGUCAUCCUGGUUUUAAUCACCACUGAUGCCCACCUGCAUUCCCCCAUGUACUUCCUAUUGGCCAAUCUGUCCUUUAUCGAUAUGUGGCUUUCCUCAAACACUACUCCUAAGAUGAUCACAGACUUUCUCAGGGAAAACAAAACCAUUUCCUUUGCAGGCUGCAUGUCCCAAGUCUUCUUUUCCCAUUGCAUCGCUGCAGGAGAAAUGGUGCUGUUGGUGGUUAUGGCUUAUGACCGCUAUGUGGCCAUCUGCAAGCCACUCCAUUACUUUACCAUCAUGAACCGGAAAAGAUGUACUGGGUUGGUGCUGACUUCCUGGACAAUUGGCUUUAUACAUGGUAUAAGUUACAUAGCAGUGAUUGUGCAGCUCCCUUUUUGUGGCCCUAGGGAUAUAGACAGUUUUUUCUGUGACAUGCCAUUGGUAAUCAAGCUAGCCUGCAUCGAUUCACAUGAUUUAAAUAAACUAAUGAAUGCUGACUGUGGGGUUGUGGCUGUAACCUGCUUUAUUCUGUUGCUCAUGUCUUACACAUAUAUCCUAAUCACUGUACGACAGAGCUCUAAAGCUGGGGCAUCGAAGGCCCUGUCCACGUGCACUGCCCACAUCACAGUGGUGAUGAUAUUUUUUGUGCCCUGCAUCUUCAUCUAUGUGUGGCCCCUCAAUAUCACCUGGUUGGACAAAUUUUUUGCUGUAUUUUACUCUGUUUUCACACCUCUCCUAAAUCCAGCUAUUUAUACACUGAGAAAUAAAGAGAUGAAAAAUGCUAUGAAAAGGUUCAUUAACAACUUUUUGGUCCUGAAGUAA